GCUGACAAACCAGUUCACACUCUAGAGAAAGGAACCACUGAAUGCAUGUGUUUUUCCCUUGUGUAUCCAUAAUGUUCUUGCUGUGGUUAUGUGUGAGUAUCAUGAGUGGGUUUUGGCAUUGUUCAUGUUGUGGUCUUCUAAAUGCAUACUCUCCUGGGGACAUCAUCAUUGGAGGACUUUUCCCAAUUCACUUAAAAACCAAUAGAACAACAAUACCUGGACCGCUCUCCUGUAGUGACUAUGAUUUAGGAAUGUUCCUUGAGUCUCAAGUGAUGAUACACGCAAUCAGAGAAAUAAACCAGCGCACUGGGGUUCUACCCAACUUCACCAUAGGAUAUGACAUCUAUGACACUUGUGGAGAUGUCAGCAUUGCCAUAAGAGCGACACUCCAGAUGUUGAAGAACCAUUCAGACCCUCAGAGCUGCUUAGUACCUACAACCUUUGGAUCUACUUUACCUGAACCCCAAACAAAGGCAGUGAUUGGUGAACAACUUUCUGAAGUAUCAACAGUUGUUGCACGAGUUUUAGCUCUGUCAUCAGUUCCCCAGAUUAGCUAUUCUUCAACUAGUGAGCUACUCAGCAGAAAGUCAAAGUUCCCCACUUUUCUGCGAACAGUACCUAGUGAUCUGUAUCAGACAAAUGCCAUUUCUGAGCUGGUGAAACAGUUUAACUGGAAAACAGUGGCCAUUGUGGGAAGCGAUGAUGAGUACGGGAAGUACGGCAGUGAUAGCGUUAAGGACAUGAUCCUUAAAUCAAACGAUACAUGCAUUGAAUUCAUUGACAUCCUGCCUGAUGACUUUUCUGCAAACAAUUUCCAAUCCAAGAAGAUGCUGGCCGACCUGGUGAGCAAGAUCAAUAAAUCCUCUGCUGAAGCCAUUAUUGUGUUUGCCAAGGUAGCCAGUGUUUCUCCCAUCAUGGAAGCAGCUGUGGAAAACAACCUCAACAGAACUUGGAUUGCAAGCGAUUCAUGGUCCACAUCUGAAAACAUUACUGGAAUGCCACGCAUUAAGAGGGCCGGGGAGGUUUACGGAUUCAUCCCUAAGAAGAAUGAGGUUCCUGGUUUUAAAGACUAUGUCAUCUCAAUGUUCAAUGGGCCAACUAAUGCCAUUCUCAAACAUCACCUGACUAAGUAUCCACUUUGUUCUGAUCAGUCUGAGGGGAACAGAGAGCUUAACUGCUCGCUAACAAACAGCAAGGAGUCCAAGCAAUGUCUGGAUCCGAGUUGCUUGCCCACUUACAUUAACCAGUAUGAAUCCUACUAUAUCUACCUAGCUGUUCACGUCAUUGUUGAGGGGCUUCGCAGCUUGCUAAAGUGUGACAACCACCAGUGUAAACGUAGCACCCCAUUUACAGCCUUCGAGCUGCUUACGGAAAUCAAGAAAGUGAACUUCACUGUGAACACCACACAUAUAUUCUUUGACGCCAAUGGAGACCCCAGUGUAGGAUAUGAUAUUGUACAUUGGGACAUGGCUAAACCCAGCCUACAAAUAGAAACCAUUGGACAUUACUGGCCAGGAGGAAAAUUAGAAGUCAGUGAUGAUCUUGUUAGAAUGAUGCGCAAUGUGACGAUAACAGCCUACAACUGCUCGAAAACGUGUAAACCAGGACAGGAGUUGAAAAAGGAAAGGAAACUGUGUUGCAGCGUUUGUGUUCCAUGUGCAGAAGGAGAAUAUUCUGCUAGAGAUGGUGAGGAGUGUAAACGCUGCAGUUCAGGGAACUAUUCGUCUCCAGAGAGGGAUGUCUGUUUGGAAAAAACGAUUGACUUCCUGAACUGGUCAGAUCCCUUCAUCAUCAUUUUGAGUUUCUUGGGAGUCUUUGGUAUUGUAGUUUCCAUUGUGUUUGCUAUUUUGUUUGCAAUCCAUCGCAGCACUCCUGUUGUUAAUGCCGUCGGAGGUUACUUGUGUUUCUUGGAGCUUUUGUCCUUGCUGCUCUGCUUCUGCCUUACAUUUAGCUUUGUGGGGAUGCCCACUGAGGCUUCCUGCAAGGUAGGCCUGCCUCUCUUCGGCAUAGCCUUCUCCCUCUGCAUCUCCUGCAUUCUGGCCAACCUUCUCCAAAUCUUCGUGGGCUUUAGAUUUGACCUAAAUUUAAACUCCUGGAUUAAGAAGCUCAACCAGCCACUGGCUGUGGUGACAAUUGUCUCUGGGAUCCAGUUGGCCCUGUGUGUGCCAUGGCUGUAUUUGUAUCCCCCAUUUCCUGAGUAUACAGAGAUAUCAAGGGACAUCAUCCUGUUACAGUGUAACAAAGGCUUCUCUGGAUUCUUCAUUGCCAUGUUAGGCUACAACACUUUCUUGGCCCUUAUUUGUUUCCUGUUUGCAAUCAAAGGUAAACAGUUGCCAGAUCUGUAUAAAAAUGCAAGUCUGGUCACCAUCAGUAUGCUGCUGUUUUUAAUCGUUUGGAUUUUCUUCAUCCCGAUUUAUAUCAGUUUGGUUGGUAAGUACAAACGUGCAAUUGAAAGCUCAGCAAUUCUCAUUUCUUGCUACAGCAUCCUUGGAUGUCACUUGGCUCCAAAGUGUUACAUCAUGGUGUUCAGGAAAGAGAUUAAUAAUGAAAAUGCCAUUACUUUGUACAUCAGGCAGCAUUAUGAGCAGAAAGACAUGGUUGUGGUGAAAUCAUAAUCUCACAUGCACAUCUGUCAGGUCUUUCCGGUUGUCAGGUUUCAACAAUCAUCCCCACAGAAAUACGUCUUCCUGUGGGGACGUCAUACUGUAGCAUUAUUGACGUUUUUACACUUACAAAAUACAGCAUGUUAAUUACAGAUAUUGGGUUAGGCUGGUAAGCAAUAUAUGUACCUCUGAUAAUGACCUGAAAAAAUAUUACAAUGUUUCCAAACUUAAAAAAACUCUUGGUUUGGACACUGAUGGAUGAAAUUUGAAUUUCUAUUAUGAAUAAUGUAUACAAAUGAAGAGGGGGUAAGACCAGAACAGUUUUCAACUUCUUCCUGCCCCUUUUGAACAUAAACAAUCUUAUUUAAGUGGCUUAUGUGUUGUUUAUGUGUGGCUGAGGAUCCCGUUUGUUUUACUUUUUGUUUUUUAUUGCUGACAAGUCUAACGUUGUGUAUUUGUUUUUAUUUUAUCUAAGUUAACUGGCUGCUGGCUGUAUAGUCUGUAUUUAACAAUCCAAUAUGAGAUUGCAUGUAUCAACAUGAAUCAACUGGUACUACCUUUACAAAGGGGCAGAUACUCAAAUCACACACAAAAUAUAUUCCCUUUGAAUGGGCCCAGGAGGUAGAGCGGUUGUGAUUUUCAAAAUGGGGCCCCCCUGGUCGGUUCCCAAAAAAGGGGAAUCAUUUAUUUUCACUAAAAUUCCAUCCAUAGUAACCCAAUGCCAGAAUGGACGGCUAUUUUGGUCAUGGGGUUUAUGCACUUCUUAUGAUAAAACAUCUAAAAAGAAAAAGAAAAAUUGUAACAAAUGGGGAACCCUUGGGCAAAAUCUUAUUAAAUAGAGGUCUUUGAUGUAAUUUGUCAGGUUAGGGGUUGUUGU